GAGAGAGGAGAGCUUGCUGGGGAGGAUUCGUGGAGGUCUUUGAGCUUCAGGAAGGGUAUUCAUUUAGCUGGAGAGGGAGGUCAGCUGAAGAGGAGAGAUGGCUUGCUGAUUUCUGGACAACCUAGCUGGAGACAAUUAUUUUCCAGGCAUAGCCGGUGGUGGUCUACUCUCUACACGUUCAACUUGAGAAGAGAGGUGUAAAUAGAUGGCAAGUUUCAAUUAACGAUAUCCAGGUGGGCGUGCAUACGCCGUUGAUAAACACCCAAGAUGCUCGACAUUUAAACUCAAGGCGACACUCUACAAAUUCUACUGAUUCUGUUUGUUCACCGUCGACCUCUUCUUUGGUUCUCUCUCUCAAUUGAUUCUGUUAGUUUUUUCAUUUCAAGCUUGGCUAGUGACGACUUCAUCCUGAAAAAGGAAGCUCCUCCUACUUUUAGGAGGUUAUAACAGUUUAGGGAACAUAUUCUGGAGAGGAUUUUUCAUGUGUGGCAGUUGGAGCCCACAGCUUCAUCAUUCUGUCAAAAACUAUGGAAUGUGCUGAGGAAACAAAUUCUUCAUUCGUUGGGGUCAGUGAUGGUUUUCAGAAAAUGCAACCUCUUUCUGGGAGGACCAGGGGUCCGAUGAGACGUUCCACAACAGGAAAAUGGACGGUUGAAGAGGAUGACAUGCUGCGUGAGGCUGUUCAGUGUUAUAAAGGAAAGAAUUGGAAAAAAAUAGUGGAAUGUUUAAAGGAUCGAACUGUGAUACAGUGCCAACAUAGGUGGCAGAAGGUUUUGAAUCCAGAAAUUGUCAAAGGUUCUUGGACAAAAGAGGUGAAGCAUUAUGGGUGUUUCUGGUUCCCAUGUCAAUUCCUUACAUCAGAGGAUGAAAAAAUGAUGAAAUUGGUGAAAAUAUAUGGACCAAAGAAAUGGUCCAACAUUGCCAAGCAUUUACCUGGACGCAUUGGAAAACAAUGCCGGGAAAGGUGGCAUAACCAUCUGAAUCCGGCCAUCAACAAGGAGGCAUGGACUGAGGAAGAGGACUUGGCUUUAAUGCAUGCUCAUCAGAUACAUGGGAACAAGUGGGCAGAAUUAACAAAGUUUUUGCCUGGAAGGACAGAUAAUGCAAUUAAAAAUCAUUGGAAUUGCUCAGUGAAAAAGAAAAUGGACAAAUACAUGGCAUCAGGUCUACUUGCACAGUUCAAAAGCCUGCCUGAUGUCAAUCAUCAAAACCACUCACUGCAUUCAUUGUCUUUGGGAGUGCAAGAUAGCAAUGGAAAUGACAGUGGUGUAGAACAUGGAAAAGAAACAGAGGAAAUUACUGACUAUGCUAAAACUUCAACUGCUAUCGACUACUCUCAAUCUGCAAAUAGGACAGCUAAUGCAGUUCCAUCUACAAGAGAAGAAUUCCAAAUGAAUGAGGAGUCAAUCCAAGGGAAGGGGCAGCAUAUUAGUCUAGUAUCAGAUUCCAACCGAUGUCACAACUCUGCUGAAGGUGUCAGUUUUUCCCUUCCAGAAAUGCCUGACCAACCCAGAUUCUCCAAGGUCCCUGGGAAAAAUUUAUCAUAUGAUGCUGGAACAUUUGAAAGUAGGGAUUGGCAGUUUGUUUUGCAAGAAUUAACUAAUAUUUCUUCACUUGAUCUGGGCCAGGACUUGAUCAAGGUAUCAAAACAUUGUAUAUGUGCUAGUGGAAACCAUGAAAUGCUACCUGUUUCAGUACUAAACGCUGUGGGGUUAACUUCUAGUGUAAUGCAAAAUGUGGAGGCUUGUUCUGAUCAGCCUGUAAACAUGCUGAUUUCUAAAUGUGAUUGCUGCCCAGUCAUUUUCCCUGAGGCAGAGAAUCAUGAAUGUCUUUCCUUCAGAGAUCAUUUAGACUGCUCAGCUAUCUGUAAUUUGGAUGGGUGUACAGAUUCAUUACAUUAUCAAUCCUCUAACUCUCAAAGCUCUGAAAUUUCAGAAACCUUAGCUUCACAAUCAAUUCAUCCUCUGAGAUCUGAACUGUUGGGAACUUCAAGCUGUCAAACUUCUCUGCCUGUUUCACUUCCUGAUGAUGAUAGUACACCAAUAUUUGGUAGUGAACCCAAUCAUUUAAAUGAUGCUUCACUUGGAACUACAGAACAGGAGCCUGUUACAUGUUCACAGGCUGGUUUUAUCCAUACCAAUGACUCUGCUAGUUCCCCUUGUGAUAAUGGUACAGAUAGCUUUGGUCCGCAUAUCCAAUCAGACAACAAGGAAUCUUCAAGAUCAGUUCAUUUGGAUGCUUUUGUCUCAGGGCCAUCAGAUAUCAUGAAAAAUUUUCUUUCCACAGAUGAAAAACCAAUCAUGCAUACUGAACAAAUAGAUUCAGGAGACAUAUUUAAUGAGACUUGUUGUUUUCCAAGCUUGGAUGUUCCUUUCUUCAGCUGCGACCUUAUAGAAUCUGAUAGCAGUCACCAGCAAGAAUAUAGUCCUCUUGGUGUCCGGAAACUGAUGAUGUCUCCUAUGGACUGCUUUUCUCCACUUGGGUUAUGGGAUUCACCAUCUCAGGAUGUCAGUCAUGAAACUGAUCUGAAGAAUGCUGCCAAAACCUUUGCAUCCUCACCACACAUUUUGAAGAAGCGACACCAUGAGUUGUUGACACCUUCAUCACAAAAAAGAUGUGAAAAAAAACUUGGGAAUGCCAUGAAUCAUGGGUUAUAUUGCACAAAUAGCUUGACAAGAGAUUUUUCUUGUUUAGAUUUGAUGCUUGGUGAGAAAGGUGACAAAGCAUCUUUCGUUUCUCCAAAAAAUAUCCAGAAAAAGAACUCCAGAUCUUGCAUGGAAGACAAAGAAAAUUUGAGUUGUGCACCUGAAAGAAAAAAAGAAUGGAGAAAUGAUGCUGCACUUUCAAACCAUGCAAUUCCAGGGAUGAACUUUGAUCGAAGUUGUCCCUCACACAAGAUAGAGAAAAGUUCCAAUGUUCUUGCUGCUGAAGCUAAAGUUGAUGCUGAUGCUGCUGUCAAAGUUGUGAAACAAUCUUCUGGAAUCCUUGUUGAAGACAAGAAUGACCUUUCAUCAUUCUCUCCUGAUAGAGUUGUACAUAAAAUGAACAGAGUUCUAUGUCCUAGUGCUAGAACUCCAGAAAGUCCAAAUUCUAGACAGUUGGAGGAGAUUGUUCAUUCUGAAUUCUUAUCUGGAAAUUCCUCAACUGCUCAUGGAAAGAAGAAUGGUAGUUGUUCAGGUUCAGUUACACCUGUCAAAUCUGCUCCUUCAUUAACUCCACUCAAGAUCAUGUCUGGAAGCUCUGGGAGUGAUGCUGGUAUUGACAGCAUGUUCUGUGAAACUCCUUACAAAAGAGGAAGUGAAUCUCCUUCAGUACUGAAUUCCCCAUGGUUUAUUAGCUCUUUCCUUCCUGGCCUAAGAACCGGCACAAACAUAACAACUGAGGAUAUAAGGAAUUUUAUGAGCCCUGGCGGAGGAAGCUAUGAUGCCAUUGGGCUGAUGGGACACUUCAACGAUGUAGCUGACUGCCCAAGAAGUUUCGGGGAGUGAGAGUCCUGAACGGAUGUAAGAGGAAAGGCGAACAUCUGGAUGGUUCUAUGAAGAUGGUAAGAUCACUCCUUUCUAUCGGAGCAAUUCAAGAUGGUGCAGCUUAACACAUGCAUUACGUUUCAGUUCUGUUGGAACAAGAGGGACUGGUUUUGGAGAAUUACUUCCAUACCUUAGAAUCUGUAACUGGUUGCAAAUUCCACAAAUUCAUCAAGGCAUAAGAUGAUUAAGGCUGCAAAUUCUACAAAGAAAAGCCAAAAGGAAGGGUGUACAAAAGCUAUGGAUUGGGCACAUCAACAUGAGGCUCCAAAUAUAUUUGUAUUAGUUUUUCCUUUUGGACCAGCUUUGUUGAGUUGAGGAGACUAUAAUCUCUCACACUUUGGUUGCUAUUUAAUUUGAUGUAAUGCAUUGUUGUAAACUCAUAUAUUUCGUUGGGUUAUUUGAUUAAAAUGGAUGAAAUGUUCUCGAUUUGUAAA